AGUCAAAGGAGAGGUUAGUAUGCUUUCAGAAGGAAAGGUCGAUAGGUUGAUUGUUUCGUGUUCAUAAAUCGUUGUACUUUUUUUUUAUUUUCCCGCGUUUUAUUUUGCUUAUGUACUUAUUAUUUUUCAAAAAAGUGAAUAUCGUUUGUAUGUUAUGCGAGAUAUACGUAAAUUAAUCAAAAGAUAAAUCAAAUACGAUAAUUAAUCGCAUCGGUGGCAAUAUGAACGACCAAAAUUGAGAUAAUUGCAUCGUGGAUCGAAUUUAACAGUGUGAGCGAACGUUUUCAUAGCGGAACGAGUAGAACUUUCAACCGAAGCCUCGGAGGUGGGAGGAUCUACCUGGCUGAGAAGCACGGCGCACGAUUCCGUAAUAUUUAUUUUCUACUGGCGGCUAGUGAGUCACUACCUGGCCGACCACGGUGCGGCGAGCUGGUCGCCUCGCGUGUCUGUGUCCUUUUACAUGUGUUUCUUGCAAAAGUGAGUUUACAGUGACGCUUUGAACCAAUCGAACAGAAAGGAAAUUCAAGGAUAAUUAUUGCUGAAAAGAAAAUUAUUUUCGAUCGAUUUAUAUUUUGAGCACGAAAUACAAGAAAAUUUCAUCAAAUUUAGUGUAUCUCGAAUUUCAAACACAAUAUUCGUAAUCAUUGACGUCACAUUUAUAUAAGGACAACUCAAAACAAGUAUCAGCAUUUGUUACGUUGUGAAGAUUUCAUGGAUAUCCAUAUAUAUGUGCAAUCAACAGACGCCACUAUUGACUUUGAUAUAUCAGUGUAACAUUGGAUUCUAUAAUGCAAGUUAAAUCGAAAAUUUUACUAGCAGUCAAGUGCGAUUCGUGCAUCGAUAGCAAUCACUUAUUUACGUGUUUGUAGUGAAUAGUGCGAUAAUUUCUAUAUGUAUGUUAUACUUGGAAAUAAUCGUAAACAAAAUAAUAGAGAAUACAUCUGAACAUUAUAUCCAUGUUGCUAAUUUUGAAGCAUGGUUACAUUGUUGACUUUCUAUCGAAGAAGAAGGAAUCGUUGCUGUCUUUAUGUUUGCGUGUAACAAGGAAACGGAGCAGAACAACGGAAUUAGUUAGUCCCGUAACAAUUCUCCUAGUUUUUCAUGUUAAAAAAUGUUAGUUUAACAAUCGAUCGAUAACAAUUAUUAAACCGAUCGAUAUUAACCUACAAUUUUGUCGCAACAUAUUUCACGCUGUCUUUGAAUAUUUCCAAGUGAAUUGAUUUUAUGUGCGUGCAUGCGUCGAAUCGUGUAUCGGAUACAAUUUAUGAAAGUAACAUAUUCAAUAAAGGAUUAUAUUGCUGAGUGUGAUCACAGCUGAUCGUUUCCGGUUAUGAGAUUUCACCGAUUGACAAGAAAACCUGUUUGGAUAAUGCGUACGAGUUGGGACGAGAGAAAAAGUGAUUUUUUACAUAGCUCUUAUUAUCACACAUGAUGUGCAAUUUAUUUAAAAGUGAACGUUAUGAAUUACGAAUGAGUGAUCAAUUCUUUUAUUCUUUUAAUUGCAUUUUCGAAACAAAUUUUAAAUCAAUAUGCGUAAUAAUCAAGCGAUGUAUAACCGAAUAUUUUUGAUUCAAUCGAUAAGCGUUAUCUUUAAUCAUAUAAAAAAAAAGAAUUAAAAAUCUUGCUUAAACAAUUUAUAUCAUUUGUUGAGAACUUGAUACACGUUCAACCUUGAAUACCAUAUGUUUCUAUUCUCAAUUUAUUUCGAUAGAAAGAACAUAUUUUGAUGACGCCAAACUUCAAAUGAAAUCUUAGAUAUGUAUUUAUUUAUUAACAUCAAUCAAUCUCAAGUCGAAUAUCGCGGUCUUCAAUUCAUAUUACGAGUUUUUUCGAGCUAUCCAUGUUAAUUCGAACGUUAUAAAUGAUUCUGACGUGUAGACAUUUAGUCACCUGGUUUCACAUGGGUCAUUAUUACGAACAAUAAUAAAAGUCACGCGUCAGCGUGACACGUGACACUAGAACGAUAAUUGACAAACGUGAAACAAUUCGCGAGCACGAUGUUACCAAAAAAGGACGGCCAUCCCGAGUCGUAUGCUUUAGAGGAUAUGAUAUCCGAUCUCCAGGCGCGACGAAAUUCCCUAGAUCAAGAAGAUCUCGAAGAUCCAGCGGAACUUCUAAAAAAACGCGACAGAGAUCUUGUUUUAGCUGCGGAAUUGGGUAAAGCACUUUUGGAAAGAAAUCAAGAAUUAACUAGACAGAGCGAAGUCCUCACUGAAGAGUACUCGACAAAAUUAGAGAGUCUGGAACAAGAGAGGCAUCUACUCCGUCGAAGGCUCGAGGAGGUGAUAAGCGAAAACGAGGCGAGAAAUUUAGAGCUGCAGGCGGAUGUGGAGACGCUGAGGAGUCAAUUGGAGGAGCAGAAUGAGCGCGCGAGACGAGCGGAACGAGAUCAGGCGAGCCUGGUCGCCGAGCUCACAGCGCAAAACACGAGGCUUGCCGAUCAGCUGAGAGAAGCCGCGAAGCAGGAAGAGCAGCUGCUCAUCGAGGUCAAGGUGCUGAGGGAAAAGUGUGCCCUCCGAAGUACCACGCUCCAGGAUCACGUCAGUAGCUUGGAGGUUCUCAGGGACGAGGUACAGCUAGUGUCCGCGCAAAGAGCAGAAUUAGAGAGGAGGUCCUUGGAGCUGCGGGAGGAGAGGGCGAGAGCGAUGGCGGCCCUCGAAGAAGCCGAGGAUAGAGCCACGGCCUUGGAGCGGCUCGGUCACGAAGCGGAACACCGGGCGAAGCUAGCCGAAAGGGAAAGGGACGAACUGGCGGCGACAUUGGCGGUCAUCGAGGCGGAAAGGAGAGGCAGAUCCGGCUCGAUACAGAAACCACCGAGGUCCCUGCAGGCCGAGAUGGAGUGCGAGGAGAGCGGAAGUUCGUUGGGGGAACAGGAGGAUUUGCGUGCAGAGGUGGCGAGGGCGGUGAAGCGGUUGAAGGAGUUGUGCGUCCAUCUGAGGCGGGGAGAGGACGACUCGGGUUUGCAGAGCGAUUGCGACGAGUCCAUGCUCGUGAUCGUGAACAACAACACUGCGGAAGCGGAGGAGGCGAACACCAACGGCCAAGAGACUCUCCCCAGCUCGACCAAUUGUCCCGGUGCUUUGUUGGACAUAGUCGAGGAGGUAUACAACUUGGCUCUAUCCGGCAGAGGGGCACCCGGCGAGCUAGGUUUGGCCGUGGAACUUCACAGGGUGCGGGAAGAAUUGGAGAACGCGAAGGAUCAACAGAAGCAGACGCAAGAGGAACUUAAAAGGCGUGGAGAGGCUUUGCUCGAUGUGACGAGCAAGUUGAGCGUGAGCGAGGCCGAAUUGCGCGGUGUUAAGGAGGAACGCGAUAGAGCUCGUGACGAUAUGGAGCACUCGCAGUUGACGAAGGACGAAAUUUUGACGCAGGCUUACAAGGUCAGGGAUCAAGCUGUGGCCAGGAAGAACAGGGCCGAGGUGGAGUUGGCGAAAACGAGGAUAGACGUCCUGCAGGCUAACAGCCAACUGAUGGAAGCUAUCCAACAGAAGAUCGAACUGAGUCAACAGUUGGAACAAUGGCAGAUGGACAUGCAAUCUCUUCUCGACGAACACGUUCGAAGCAAGUUGAUGCCUGUCACGAGCUCUAUCACUGCUACGAACUCUGAAAAUUCAGAAAUUGUGGCGCCAGCUAGGAAAAAACGGAGUACCGGCUCGUCGAAAAAGAUGUUCGGCCUCUUUUGACGAAAAUGACUAUUCGCGUAAAAAUUUGUCGCGCGAAAUGGAAAUAAAGAAAGGCCGUUGCACGGUGAGAGAAGAAGACUGCGCUCGAAAAGGGAUCUUUUCCAAUACUUUUCAUCGUAGCGCUAGCGUAUCAGGGACCAUUCGUCCGCUCAUUUCUUCGUCGUGUUUGGAAACGGAUAGAUUGGAUCCGUAGUCGAGCGGCAACACGCCAUAAAAGGCGCUUUGCGUGCAUCGUUU